CAACAACAACAACAACGUAAUAAUUUGUAAAACCAUAACAACAAAAAUAGCAGUAGUAGGGAUACCGGUAAAAACAAACAAAAAAAAAAAAAUAGGAAAGUAAGUGUGAAAAGGCUACGUAUAUAUGUAAUGUGUUCGUGUGUUCAUGUUUGAAUUUAAGUUUGUCUGCGUGUAUUGUCGUGUUAUUUCCUCGUGUGUCGCUGUGCAACGUCUACACAUGUUUCCGUGUCGUCCUCUCAACGUGUUCUGACAAACAGUGAGUGUGUUCUAUCCCAUUGUUAAGAAGGUGACAUGGAGAACAACACAAGCGCUACUCCUCUGUUCUUCAACGAAACUCCUGUCGGACCAUCUUCGCAACAGACUGUCAUUUUCCUAUCGGGAUUUUUCUUUUUCAUUGAAAUGGUCGGCAUUGUGGGCAAUGGGCUCGUGAUAUUCGUCGUGGUCUCGGACCGGAAAAUGAGGACUUCCGUCACUAAUAUGUUUAUUAUGAACCUGGCGGUGGCAGAUCUAAUCUUGCUUCUGGUUGGAAUACCUGACUUGGUGCAGUUCGUCCUCAAUAGAGGGUGGCUCUUGAGCCUGGCCUUGUGCAAAGCCAUAAGAUACCUCCUGGUCGUAUCUCUAUACGCAUCGGUAAUGACGUUGGUAGCCGUCUGCGUGGAAAGAUUUAUAGCCAUUGUAUAUCCCAUCAAGGCUCAUAUUCUCUGCAGCAAGAAGAAAGUUAUCCUAACAAUAGUUUGUAUCUGGCCAAUAGCGCUCAUUUGCGGGUUACCAACCGUGAUUUUCAAUGGUCUUUUGUUUGGACAUUCGAAAUUGAUAUUUUGCACACUGAUGUUUCCAAAACCUUAUGACAUAAUGUACAGGGUGCUCUACAAAUACACUGAAGCUUUCUUAUACUUUUACUUUCCAAUAGGCAUACAAAUUGUAUUGUAUUCCAUAAUCGCCCGCCGACUGUUCGUCAGCGCAAAAGAAUUAACAACACGAUUCCAGAUGCGAACUGAAAAUAAUCGUAAAUCUGAAAAAUCUCAUGAAGCCGUCAAAGCCAGGAGGGGAGUUGUGAAAAUGUUAAUGGCUUGUGUAAUUAUUUAUGUGCUCAGCUAUCUUCCACCACAAGUUCUUCUCUUUUAUAAUACCUUUGCUGUUAAAAAAUUCGAGAGUACUUGGUCGUACAGAGUUUUCUCUAUAAGCCUGUCAUAUAUAAAUUCGGCAGCAAAUCCAGUGCUUUAUAGUAUAUUUAGCCAGAACUUUCGCAAGAAAUUCCGCAUUUCGCUUUGCUACCUCUGCACAAAAUUAGGAGAUGGUAUUUAUCGCAGACAGCGGUCAGAUUCUUUCGAUUCUCACAUGACAUCACGACCAGUCAGUAGUCUAAAAACUUCAACAUCGAAACUUUGAAAGAUGAGAAAAAAAAAAAUCAAAAGAAAAGACAUAUGCCGAUGAUUCAAAUCAUAUAAAAACAAAAUUUUAAUAUUUUAAAUGAAAUAUAUUGAAGAAUCAACGUGAACGAUAGGAGAAAAUAUUGUAUUAUAUAAUAACACCAUGAGUACGUACCUCACCAUUAUUCAUGUGCACGUAAUGUAUUCUAUCCAUGUGCAGUGUUAACUUCCCGUUUAUGAAUACCUACUCAUUCUACAGAUCAUGUACUAACUACGACAUCAUCUUGAACUAGGAUAUUAUUGUUUAAAUACGACUCGUUUUGGUGGUUGAAACAGCAAGGACUAAAUUUAAGAACAGCAUAUACUUUCGUCCUACCAUGUUCAGAGUUAAAAUCCUCCAAUUUUAAUUUCAUCUCUUGGAGGUUGGGUUUCGAAACAAUAAUUCCCAGCAGUAUCCUGAAACCAGUUCUGCAGACUAUAUCAUUCCUCGACAAAUCACACACACACACACACGCACACACACACACACACACACACACACACACA